UGCGUGCGCGCGCGCGCGCGUGUGCUUCUGUAUGUUUAGUGGAAAAUCUUCAGCCUUCCGUUUUCUAAAGAUUCUGGUGGUCUCUACUUUCUGUCAGUCUGUCCUGCUGCAUAAUAAAGUCCCCGCUCACUUCCUCCCACUUAAAUCACUGAUUGUUCACUUAGUGGAGUGUUCAGACCUCGUGCUCCUGCAGCUUGGAGAAUAGGCUACAUUGUUUCACUAAAGGAUGGCAGGUGUCACACGGAUCCUCACUUUCAUGUGUGUCGCGGGAUGUCACCUGUCGGCAGCUUCGCCCGUUCUCCGCUCCGCCCUGGUGGUCCAGGCAGGACAGAACGUCUCGCUCCCCUGCAACCUGACUUCCGACGAGGAGAUCACCUGGUACCUCCUGCGCUCUGAUCAGCUGCUGCCUUUGCUCACGGUCGCACCAUCAAAAUUUGGAGAGGUUUUGGUCACGCCUCACGCCGCAGACGUCAGUCACUUCCAGAGCCUCGAAGGAGCGGGGCACGGUCUGGAGAUCCUGGAGGUGGAGGAGCGGGACGCCGGGCUCUACUUCUGCAUCGGACGGUGCUUGGGGGCCGUUUGUCUAAACAGAGGAAUCAAUCUGGUGGUUGACGGACUUGACCGUGAGUCUGCCAGGCAGCCAUGUUGGAGUCUGGUGAUCUGCAUUCUUCCAGCUUUAUUCGUCCUCUGUUUCCUCGUCAUCAUUGGAUUCUACCUGUGCUCAGGGAAACCAGCUGUUUGCUGCUGUAAUCCAAUGAAAAGCAACACGAGUCAGAGCGUCACCGAGGAAGUGUCUUUGCACUAUUCCAGUCUGAAGCAUGCAGGCAAGCCCCGCCCCUCGGGCCGAGGAGGGACAGGAUUGGUCGAAGAGGACGUCACGUACUCGGCAGUGACCAGUCGCAAGAACCCAAACGGUUCCCAUGGGAACAGAUAAAACGACUCUCUGUUGUUAUUUGUGUUUUUAACAGAAGAAAAAAAAAUUCUUUCAAAU